AUGUACUAUCAUGAAGGAGUCACUGAAAGUAUGUUUAAGAAGCUCCAAGCUUGUUAUGAAACUUACAUCAAAACCUUUUUCUCUUCUGUGAAGGAAGAGCCCUACAAUCCAACUGGCACCAUGUUUCAUAAGCAAAAAAUUGUUAGAUAUGGCACCAAUUUGAGGAACACACAACUACCCCUGGAACAGAGAGCUGAAGCUGCAAAAAAUAUUGGACUGCUAGCGUACACAGGUGGGCCAAAUGCUGGAAUGCAUGCAGCAGAAUACAUCCAGGACCUAAUUGAUAUCUUGCACAUGCCAGAUACUUCAGCAAAUGUGAGGAUCCUGGUGCUCCAAGGGCUGUGCGGUAUUUGCUAUAUAAAUUACAGUAACCAAAACAAGGUAAAAGAUCUAAAUCUUGCUGAAGUUCUUCUUGUUUGUCUCAUUGAAGAUGAAAAUUCAUCCCCAGCUAGCAACCAUAUUACCAUGGUUAAGUUCUGGGUUUGUUACCUUCUGACUGUCCUUUGUUGCAACAAUAUCCCUUACAUCAGAAUAUUCCAAGAAUUGGGAGGUCAACUGCUGGAAACCAAGCUGAAAAUCCUGUCUAGCAUGGAAUGGUCUGGCUGGCCAGAUAAUUAUGCAGAAGUACUAUUUUCCUUUUUGGGGUUUUACAAAGGUCAACUUACUUCUGGUAUUUAAAAUGAAAUAACCCUCUCAAGGAUUGUUAUAAUCUGUGAACUAUUUACAUGGCAUAAUAAAGAAA